AUGAUGCAAUGUGUUGAACCGUUGACGUCGCCAGCAUCAUACACAGCAGUAUCGUCAAACAUUGAAGAAUUUUCUUUCGCAGAAAGUUUUCCUAACGCCACGACGAUUUGUGUACAGCCGACCACGUCGACAGUUUUAAAUUCCAAUCCACAACCAUCCUCGUCCAAAGCACCUGAGCAAAGUUUACCGGAUAUUGCCACGCUGGCAGCUAGCCUUCCUCAUGGCACGAUUUUAAGGUGUUUAAAUCCGUCCACGUCGACAGCUUUAACAUUAGGCGCAUCUGUAGGGGAUUCCUCGUUGCAUCCAACGUCGAGCGGUUCUACAAGUGUGUUGUCAAAUCCGUUGAAAAAAACUACGUGUCCGGUGAUGAUAUUAUCGGAUGAGAUUUUGCCGCCGAAUUCCGCAUUGAUUUCAAGCAUAGAGUCCCGAGAAGCCAAAGAAACAAAUCAAGUAACUUCACUUAACCACAUGCACCAGAUUUAUGACAGUGAUUCAGUAAACCAGACCUCCAAAGGACAUACAUGUUGCAAGGAGUGUCGUGUUGAAAAAAAAAAAGAAAAAGCACAAAGUCAUCAAGCUUUCGUGAUGAUAACCGAAAUUUUUAAUAUCGUGAAACCGAUGCAAAAAAUGCGGCUAAAUGAAUUUUCUCUUCAUUUAGAGAAAAUAAGAAAUUUGGAAAUGUUGGAUCAAAUGGAAGAAAAAUUACAAUCAGACGCAACAUAUUUCUAUGCAAUAGUGCAACGCAUUGAUGCCGAAAUUAAUUCUCAAUAUGCCAGACAUAGAUUGCACUAUGCAAUAGACAUACUUUUCGAUAAAAAGUUUUUUGCGAAAUUCAGCUGGUCUGGUAGGAUUAAUGUUGUUGCUAAGUUACAGUUUAGCAGAUAUGUAAAUAUUUUGCGUUUGUUUCAGGCUGUGGUAACAAACCAUAUUGGUGUCGAAGUAGAAUUGGUAUAUGUUGAGAAAAUAAUUCAACAAAAACUUAAACAUGCUAGUGAAAGAAGCGAAUAUGACGAAUCAAAAUUAACAACACCUCAUUACCAUCCUCGCGAAUGAUUUUUUUUUUUAUAAAACGAACUGUGAUGUGUAUAGUAUAUUAGAAUUACAAUUAGUACAAUAAGCUGCAAUGCAUGAAAAGAUCUGUGAUGUACAUAGUAUACUAGAAUUACAAUUAGUAUGAUAAGGUGUAACAAAUAAAACGAACUGUGAUGUAAAUAUAAAAAUAUCUUUUUAAAAUUUUAAUAUUUUUUUGUCCGCGCAUGACUUUGCGCCAAAAUAUAAUUUAAAUAUCUUUUAAAUCAUUUCAUCCAAAUGAUAAAAAGGCUGUAUGCUAAAUAUUUCUCCUUUGAAAAGAGAAAGAACAUAAGAUUUCUCCCCGGUAGGAUAAGUUUUAUUAAAGUAAAAAAGCUCUAGAAAGACUGUGCACCUGUGAUGGAGGCUGGUUUACUUGAUUGACCACAUGAAUUAUAAUUAACGGGUACAUGUUACCUUCUAGAAAUAAAAUUAUCUGAAAACAAUAUACUAGUUUAUUUAUUCUUAUCACAAUGCGUUUGAAAAAAUCCUUGCAUUUUCUUAUGAGAUAAAUAGAACAUAAAUUUCUGAAUAAAAAAAAUAAAAAAAUAAAUAUAAAAAAUAGAAAACAAAUACAGUAGAACGUCGAUUAUCCGGGAGCGGAUUAACCGGCGGGCGGCUUAACCGUGCGCAUAAAUGUGACAGCUGUUCAAACGUACAGCGAACAUUUGCUGCGAUAGUCAAGUGGGCAACCAGUUUUUUGUGCAGCUCUGUAGUGUCUAGUGCUGUUUUCGAAAUUUAUUUUUGUUCAUGAACAGUGGUUAAAUCUAUAGUUAUUGAUUAAAAUAAUAUUCUACUAACGAUUUAUUGCUUGAUUCAACGUGAAUUAAUCAUAAAACUAGUGGAUUUUUAAAUUUUUAUAUGAAUUUGACAUUUCUUGGACCAUUAUCCGUGCAAAUCGAUCAACCGGCAACCGCCCGGUCCCGAGCUGCCCGGAUAAUCGACGUUCCACUGUAAAUACAACACAAGUUAUGGGUUUCUUCACCGUUGCAUAAUAUAACUGUUGCUUCGGUAACAAUUUCUUUCCGGGUGUUUGAAAUAAGAAAAUGAUCUUUAACGUUUGAUGCAAAUUCUAUAUUUUUAACUAGUCCGGUCACACUCGCUUUUGCUACUGGCAAUAGUUUCGCGCCGUUUCCUGUCUAUGCUCUUAUGCUCGACCUUUAUGGGGUGUAUGACCGGAGGCUGGAUCUUGUCUCUUCAUCUCUUUCGCAAUGUAUAUGUUUGCCUCUUUCAGUUGAUAACAACCUUUGCGCCACCUAGCGGCACCUUUUCUAACUUGGUUUAUCUACAUAUCUCGGUCGCUAGGUGACAGCAGUUGUGUUGUUUACAUUUUUCACGCAGCCAACACAGUCAACACAAAAACGUGCUAACAAUAACAUUUUAAUUUAUUGAUAUGUUUUAUAAUAAAGUAUGAAGCAUAGGUACUAAUACUAAUACUAUUCUGCUAUCACUAACAUUAAUUGCUACCAUUUUAAAUUUUAUAUCUGAUAUUAAAAAUACCAUUUCUUCUGUAGAAAGAUCGCACACAUUCGCUUCAUUUAUAUCUAUCAUCCACUUAGAGGAGUGGUAUGUGGUAGUUUCAUCUCUUUCACUAAAAGCUUUUUCCGCUUACGUAAAUAACUGAUCCUUCCACUUUGGCACUGCAAUAUUGAACUAUAUAAUCAUCGUGAGUUGAAAACCAAUUUGUUUGUUUACUGGGAUGUAGAGUAAUAAUCGAGCUGCCGUGCACAACUACUCCAUUACUUUUUGAUUAAAUGUAAGGAAACGGUGAAUUCUCACUGCUUGAUGAACGUGUUGGAUUCUGUUCUGAAAUCCUGUUUGCUGUCUGUACUAAAACUUUAUGCCCAUUUCGUAGGGUUUUAGCGAUAUCCUGUAUUUUAGCUUCAUAGCGAUACGAAGAAAAUUUAACAAGAUGUCCAAAUUUUUGCACUUCUUCGUAAACAUGCAAUAAAUCUGCACAUUGCUGGUGAUACGAUGUUGUCCGUAAAUUGUUGCAUACUGUGCAACAAACUGUUUAAGCAUCAAAUGUGCAGCUGGCCAAUGCUCUCUGUAGCAUUCGAAAGAGAAUAGUCUAAUCGCACAAAAGUAUAGCAUGAAAUGUUCAUACUGUUCUUUAGUUACCACCUCUUUCAACACUAUGAAACUGGCAUAGUUCAAAAACAUAUUAAAUUCACUGGCUUUCCAACCAGUAUCUUCAAUACUACGCAACUUGCGGUGAAAUUCUAAAGGAAUUUCCUCCUUGUCAAGAAUGUCAUUGAUUCUAUUUAAUGUAUCUUGACUCCAUUUAGGACCUCCACUAAACUUGCCGGAUUUCCAACCAGUAAUUGACGUUCGUGUUACUCCAAAGUCAAUCAGGUGCCACAGAUCAGCAAUAAUUACAUUCUUUAUGAUAUCGAAGUGGAGAAGACGAAUAAGUGGCGUUGUUUCCCUGUGAUGUUCACCGUACUUGAAGUUCUCAAAAUCAUUGUGCGUUCUCGGCGGUGCGUCAAUGUCGAGAAAACACAUCACUUUUGCAUUUUUGUCAAAUUUACCUUCAACGGUACAUUUCUGACAUCCAUUUUUGUGAUUGAAGUAGGCUACUCCUAAAAGUAAAAGAAAAAAAAAAUUAGAUACAAUAAGCACAUGAUCAUAUUUUGUAAUACCAAAAUUA